UAAAAUGUUUUUCGUAUGGCUAGCAAAAAAGAGCAACAGCCCGGCCAGCAAUACCCAGCAGAAGUUCAGGGCGCAGCUUUGCAAUCGCAGCUUUGAAACCGCUUCGGGCUUGUUGAGAAAAACUGGAAGUCAACUAAAGCAAACCAAAUUGAGUCUUUGCCAAAAGGACAAUAAGCUGAUAUUAUCAGGAUUUGUGAAGGAGGAACCAAUGCAAAUUAGGCCCAAGCACGAGUUUGUCUAUGCGCCAGUUGCAAAUGGGCUCGACAAAAGUUUAUACUUUGCUAAAGAAAAUACAAAGCCAACAACAACAAUUGCAAAGACCAAAAUUGAACCGCUUGCAGCGUUGCCAACUUCAACAAUGUCCAAGCCUGGACGCAAUUUAUUAAGCUUAAUUGGCCGCGUUAACUUUUGCAUUAAAAUGCAUCAAAUGCAGCCGCAAUUGAACGCACUUUGGAAUGUCUACGGUAAGCUGCUGCGCAUUAUUGCGGGUAAGCGGGGUGAGCAGACGCUGCUGCUGCGCAACGAGGAAAAAGGUCCCAUUCUGCAGGCAAUUUACUAUGAUUUUGAGAAUGAUCUGAAAUCUUUGGCUAAUGGUUGCUACGUACACGUUGUGGGCCGUUUCAUAGGCGAGAAUCGCUUGAAAACAUUCAACGUCUCCCAGGUAAGCAGCGCUGAUUGGCAACAAAAUUUCACUCGCAUUGAGAAUCUGACUUCAUACAUUUUAAUGCAAAAUACUUCACAAAAGUAGCUCAUAUUCUGUUCCAAUUUUAAA